AUGUCCUUCACUAUCCCAUUUGCGUUCCCGAAUUCGACUGGGAACGCGUCGCUGGAGGCUAGCUACUCCCGAUGCACUCCAACGACCCUCGUCCAUCAUACCGGAGCGAUACUGGCAGGAUGCAACGACGGCGGUGUCUAUGUCUUCUCCGAACCUCAUCAAGAGGCACCUCCGCGCGUCGAUCUUACAACACCGUCCCCCACACGGCCGGCCCGCACGCAAAUGCGCUCCCCGACGCGCUUGGUACCGUCCGACUCGCGGAACACUUCAAGAUCAAGCUCUCCCUCGAUCGCCUCCCUCUCACCCGCCCCCUUCCAUGUAUCCCCUCGAUCGCGCGUCGUAGCUGGCGUGACGACCACGCAGGCGGAGGCGCCCAAGAACUACGUUGAUUUUGACGACGAGCCGGAUCGGCUGAAGGACUUGCUGAAGGGGCGGGCGCCGAGGGACAAGCAGGAGAAGGAGCAGAGGCCGAGCUUCGAUGAACGAAGGCCAUCCGUGGCUUCAGAGCGAUCGCCGGCGCCGUCGUUGGACUUUGGCGCGUCGACGAGCGCGUUUUCGGCCCCCGCAUCGCCGAGACCGAGGCUGUUUACUCCCCUGCCGCCCAAGAACAUUCAGCUCAAGUAUCACGCUGUCCCGCACUGCAUUGGCAGUCCUGUGUCCGAUCUGUUGGUGUUGGAUUCGUUGUCGGCGUUCGCCUUGCUGCAGGAGAAUGGAGACCUAUCGCUACUGUCUCUCACGGAUGGGAUGUGCGCCGGCACCGUCAACAUGGAUGAUCUCCGCGCGAAGCCACCACCGCUCUUCUCAUACGUAUGCUGGAAGCGACUGCGAGUGAUCCACACUGGCGAGGAGGUGCGAGGCCCGCCAACAUACCUAGUCACACCCACCCAUGUACUACGUAGUCCACAAUACUACUUGCCGUCGCCGCCGUCAUCUCGACCUCCACCGCGGACGACAGCGAGCGACCUCAAGCACGCUUAUCCCUCCUCGAGCUGCGCCACACCACGGCCCCGGCGCUCACGGACCGCGUCAGCGAGCUCGCGCAGUGGGCGCUCGACGCGUUCCCGGAGACGGUGGACCGGCACUCGGCGGCGUGCGUGCAUUAUUUGA